UGGAUUACGUUAUUAUUAUAUAAUUAAGAGAGGGGGAGGGGAAGUUGCAGAGACGGACGAGGGGGUUAGAUGAUCGGCAGCCAUUGUAGCCCCCCACGCCAUGCCGCCGACUGCGAGCCAUAAAUGAAGCUCCAUCAUCAUCGUCGUCGUCACUAAUUCCAAAUUAGUCGGGCCGCUGAAAAACUUGGCUAUGUCGAUGUCCAGCCUCAGCUGUUGAUGUAGUUGCAUCUACCCUACCGCUUCCAAACCCCCAUCCAACCGCCCUUAAAUCUCAUUCCCCCCAAUACCGUACAUAUAUAUAUAUAUAUAUAUGGUGUUCCCUCCCUCUCAUUCUCCAUUGAUCCACACUCCAAUGAGCUCCCAAUCAAUCCCUCCCUCUUCCGCCGGCCGCGGCCUGCCGGACUUCUCACUCAGCGUCAAGCUCAAGUACGUCAAGCUGGGCUACCAUUAUCUGAUCACCUAUUUGCUCACUCUGUGUUUGGUCCCCCUCAUGGCGGUCACAGCUCUCCAGGCUUCUCAGAUGGGAUACGACGAGAUUCACCACUUGUACGUCCAGCUCCGCUUCAAUCUCGCCGGCAUCGUCGUUUUGUCCAUUGUGCUGGUUUUAGGGUCUACCAUGUACAUAAUAACCAGGCCCAAGGCGAUGUAUUUGGUGGACUACUCGUGCUUCCUGCCGCCGGAGCACCUUAAGGCGCCGGUUGAGAAGUUUGUGAAGCACUCGAGGCUUUUCGGAGAAUUCGACGAGUCGUCGCUCGAGUUCCAGAGGAAGAUUCUCGAGCGGUCCGGGCUGGGGAUGGAGACCUGCCUGCCGGACGCCUUGCAUAAGGUCCCGCCGCUGAUCUCCAUGGCCGCCGCCAGGGAGGAGGCCGAGAUGGUCAUGUUCGGCGCUCUCGACAAUCUCUUCUGCUCCACCAACGUCAAGCCCAAAGACAUCGGCGUGCUCGUCGUCAAUUGCAGCCUCUUCAACCCCACCCCUUCCCUCUCUGCCAUGAUCGUCAACAAGUACAAGCUUAGAGGGAAUAUCCGGAGCUUUAAUCUGGGAGGAAUGGGUUGCAGCGCCGGCAUGAUCGCCGUUGAUCUCGCGAAAGACAUGUUACAAGUUCACUGGAACACUUACGCCGUUGUGGUCAGCACGGAGAACAUCACCCAGAACUGGUACUCGGGCAACAAGAAAUCCAUGCUGAUACCCAAUUGCCUCUUCCGAGUAGGCGCCGCAGCCGUGCUAUUGUCCAACAAGCCUGCCGAGCGCCAGCGAGCCAAGUACAAGCUGGUCCACGUGGUGAGAACCCACUGCGGCGCCGACGACCAGGCCUUCCGGUGCGUGUACCAGGAGCAAGACGGCGAAGGCAAAACCGGCGUUUCACUCUCCAAAGAUUUGAUGGCCAUCGCCGGCCAAGCUCUGAAAACCAAUAUCACUACGCUUGGCCCGCUCGUCCUCCCGAUCAGCGAGCAGCUCCUCUUCUUUCUUUCCCUCGUUGGAAGAAAACUCUUCGACUCUAAAAUGACGCCGUACAUCCCGGAUUUCAAGCUGGCCUUUGAGCACUUCUGCAUCCACGCCGGCGGGAGGGCGGUGAUCGACGAGCUGGAGAAGAGCUUGCAGCUCUCGCCGCCGCACGUGGAGGCUUCCCGGAUGACGCUCCACCGGUUCGGCAAUACGUCGUCGAGCUCGAUCUGGUACGAGCUGGCUUACACGGAGGCCAAAGGGAGGGUCCGGAAGGGCCACAGAAUCUGGCAAAUUGCCUUCGGAAGCGGGUUCAAAUGCAACAGCGCCGUCUGGCUAGCUCUCCGUCCAGUGAAGCCGUCAGAGCAUAAUCCAUGGCUGCAUUGCAUUGACAGGUACCCAGUGGAGAUGCUCCCCUGAAAAUCGGCGUGAAUUAAUUAAUGGAUUGUUACAGAUUCUUCCAUGAGCGAAAGUUGACAACUUUGAUGAAGAUUUGGCGUGCGGGUUUGUCGAAGGUGAAUUUGGCGUCAGAUUCUCUUAAUUUGUCUUAUUAUUAGGUUUCUGGUUUCUCAUUAUCCCAUGCGGUUUGGAUGUGCGGUGGGUUGCGUCCAAUUUGUCACACACAAUACUCUCUGGGUGGUUUUCUAUUGCAAGUCUCUGCAUCUCCUCUUGCUUUGCUUGCUUGUCACAUGGCAUGGCGCAUAUAUACAUAUAUUGUAAUUAAAUUAGCAACGCUAGCUGUAUAAUAAUAUUUUUCUUGUGUUAGUAAAGACACAGAGAAUGUUUCUUUACUCUUAUUAUUAUAAAUGUAAGCUGUUUAAGUAAUCUACUGGAUACUAGCUACUUAAUUGUUAUUACCAGUUGGA